AUGAAAAGGGCGUUCUCUCAAUUCUCUUCAGUGUUACUAAAGAAAUAUGAAAAUGAAGAUUUACGCUCCACAUUAAAGUUUCUAUCUCAAAAUAGUAAAAAGCCUAUCCUCUCUAAUACCAUUAAGUCAUCAUCAUCGUCGUCUCUGAAUCUUGAAAAUAAUAAGAGGAACAAAACUACUACGAAAUAUAGCCAAUCAAUUGAUCCAGCAGCUAAUAAGCAUGUUGAAAUCAUUUUAAACGUUUUGAAUUCCUCAUUACCUGAUCCUAAACGGAAUAUGAAUAGAGUUAACACACAUUAUGAUAUUUUAUUCAAUCAAUUACAAGAGUUAAUCAGUAAAUCUAUUAAAGGUGCGACCAAUUCAUCAAUGAAAUGCAAUAACAAUAUGGAUAAUAUCCAUAAAUUGAAUAGUGAAGAAUUAUUCAAUAAAUUGGUAUUUUUACAAUACACAAACGAACUACAGAUCAAUGAUAUUUUACAAAUUCUUUUGAAUAAAAAAUUCCAUCAUUAUAAAGAGUUGUUGGGAAUAAUAUCAAUUUUUCCAAGGAGUAUUAAAAUGGAAAUGACAAUUCUAUUGUACUAUAAGACGAAACUGGAGGAAAUUAAAUCAACUUACGGAAAUGAUUGGCUUGAAUCAUUUGAAGUGUUACAUCCGUCAAUCAAGAGAAUCUUUUGGAAAUGUCAAAAUAAUUAUAACUCAGUCAUGAACACAAUAAAUAAUGUUGAAUUGAAUUCAAAGGAUUAUAUUAUCCUAUAUCAAAGUUUGUAUAAUGAUGCUUUCAAACUCCCGGAUAUCUUAACAUAUAAUUCAGCGAACGAUAAGGUAUUAUUAACUAAAAAUCAAAAAUUAUUCAUCCAAAGCCUGAGAAUAAUCUCAAUGCAUCAAAGUAAGAACAAAACGAAUGACAAAGAAUGGUUAAUUAAGAUUGUAAAGUUAAGUCUCGAGACUAAAUUAUUACAAGAAUCGAUGGUUCCAUCUGAACUGAAAACGUUUUCAAUAUAUCAAUAUAAGUUCUUAAGAUCGUUAGAUAUAACGUUACAAAACUAUUCUCGUUCAUUGAGUAAUACAGCCUCUUCGAAUAAUAGUGAAACAAUUCGAGCGGUUGAAGAUUUAUUGAAGGAGAUCAAUAACGAAGAACAGGAAAUAAAGACACAAAUGUCAUUAAGGUACAUUUGA